GAUCCUUGAAAGAAUGGAGGCACAAGCAGAGACGAGCUCAGCACCAGGACUGGGGGACCAGAGGGCCCUAAUUGACAACCCUGCUGACAUUCUGGUCAUUGCUGCAUACUUCCUGCUGGUCAUUGGUGUCGGCUUGUGGUCCAUGUGCAGAACCAACAGAGGCACCGUUGGAGGCUACUUCCUGGCGGGGCGAAGCAUGAUGUGGUGGCCGGUUGGGGCCUCUCUCUUCGCCAGCAACAUUGGCAGCGGCCACUUUGUGGGCCUGGCAGGGACCGGUGCAGCAAGUGGCUUGGCUGUGGCUGGAUUUGAGUGGAAUGCGCUGUUCGUGGUGCUGCUCCUGGGCUGGCUCUUCGCGCCCGUGUACCUGACCGCGGGCGUCAUCACGAUGCCGCAGUACCUGCGCAAGCGCUUCGGCGGCCACCGCAUCCGCCUCUACCUGUCAGUGCUCUCGCUUUUUCUGUACAUUUUCACCAAGAUCUCGGUGGACAUGUUCUCCGGAGCCGUGUUCAUCCAGCAGGCGCUGGGCUGGAAUAUCUACGCCUCAGUCAUCGCGCUCUUGGGCAUCACCAUGAUCUACACGGUGACAGGAGGGCUGGCAGCGCUGAUGUAUACGGAUACCGUGCAGACCUUCGUCAUUCUCGGGGGAGCCUUCAUCCUUAUGGGCUACGCUUUCCACGAAGUGGGCGGUUAUUCGGGGCUCUUCGACAAAUACUUGGAGGCAGUGACGUCGCUGACAGUGUCCGAGGACCCUGCGUUGGGCAACAUCUCCAGCUCCUGCUAUCGACCCCGGCCUGACUCCUACCACUUGCUUCGGGACCCAGUGACGGGGGACCUGCCGUGGCCUGCGCUGCUUUUGGGGCUCACCAUCGUCUCGGGCUGGUACUGGUGCAGUGACCAGGUCAUAGUGCAGCGCUGCCUGGCCGGGAAGAACCUGACCCACAUCAAGGCGGGCUGUAUCCUGUGCGGCUAUCUGAAGCUGAUGCCCAUGUUUCUCAUGGUCAUGCCAGGCAUGAUCAGCCGCAUCCUUUACCCGGACGAGGUGGCGUGUGUGGUGCCCGAGGUGUGUAAACGCGUGUGUGGCACCGAGGUGGGCUGCUCCAACAUCGCCUACCCGCGGCUCGUGGUGAAGCUCAUGCCCAAUGGUCUGCGCGGGCUCAUGCUGGCGGUCAUGCUGGCGGCGCUCAUGUCCUCGCUGGCCUCAAUCUUCAACAGCAGCAGCACGCUUUUCACCAUGGAUAUCUACACGCGCCUGCGGCCCCGCGCCGGCAACCGCGAGCUGCUGCUAGUUGGACGGCUCUGGGUGGUGUUCAUUGUGGCUGUGUCGGUGGCUUGGCUGCCCGUGGUGCAGGCGGCGCAGGGCGGGCAGCUCUUCGAUUACAUCCAGGCCGUCUCCAGCUACCUGGCGCCGCCCGUGUUCGCCGUCUUCGUGCUGGCGCUCUUUGUGCCCCGCGUCAACGAACAGGGCGCCUUCUGGGGACUGAUCGGCGGCCUGCUGAUGGGCCUGGCGCGCCUGAUUCCCGAGUUUUCCUUCGGCUCGGGCAGCUGCGUGAGGCCCUCGCGGUGCCCGGCGCUCCUCUGCGGGGUGCACUACCUCUACUUCGCCAUUGUGCUGUUCGUCGGCUCGGGCCUCCUCACCCUCGCGGUCUCCCUGUGCACGGCGCCCAUCCCGCGCAAACACCUGCACCGCCUGGUUUUCAGUCUGCGGCACAGUAAGGAGGAGCGGGAGGACCUGGAUAUGGAUGAGGAGCUGGCCGGCCCAUCGUCACCCCCUGUACAGAACGGGCACCCAGAGCGCGCACUGGAGAUGGAGGGUAAGGCACUGCCGGAGGCAGCGGGGCCGGGGUACCCGCGUUCCCCCCAGGCCCCGGCCCCAGGCCUGUUCCGGCGGUGCCUGCUUUGGUUCUGUGGAAUGAGCAGGGGUGGGGUGGGGAGUUCCCCACCCCCUACCCAGGAGCCGCCCGCUGCAGCAGCCAGGUGGCUGGAGGACAUCAGUGAGGACCCCAGCUGGGCCCGUGGAGUCAACCUCAACGCCCUGCUCAUGAUGGCUGUGGCCGUAUUCCUCUGGGGCUUUUACGCUUGA